AUGGGUUUUGUUUUAAUUUUUUUUUCUAAAUCAACUAAUCAAGGUCUGUAAUUCUUGUUUUGCAAACUAAAUCCUAUUUAGUGAAAUUUUUUAUGAUCUUUUUUAAAUAUAUUUUUCAUUUUUAACAAAAUUUGCAUUGUAUUUUGAGGUAAUUACCGUAAUCUACCUAUUAUUUCAGCAAAACAAUUAUUUUUUUAAAAAUAUUUCUGUAACUUCUAUUUCUGUGGUUUUUUGUUGUUGUUGUUGUUGUCAAUUAUGCGUACAAGAAAAUUUGAAUCUGGGCAUGAAAAGGAAAAAAAAAAAGAAUCUGAAUUGGAUUAGAAAUCUGCAGAGAUUGAAUCUGAAACAAUUUUUAUCAACAUGCCAAGCUUUUUGAAGAUGGAAAUCUUUUCAGAACUAAAAAAAAUUCAUAACAAGAACUUUGGUGAUAAAUUAUUGUACUUUGUGAGAUUGAAAACUCCAAAAACGGAAUCAGAUUCAAAUCAGCAAAAUCCUGUAAUUCCAGUACCAAAUCUGCUUUUUGACCGAUAAUUUGACCAGACCUGCUUUUUGACAGGUAAAUUUGACCAAACCUGCUUUUUAAGGCAAAUCAUUUCAGCCUCCCCAAUCGCCUCCAUCUCUAUUCUCGUUCUCAACUCUGAACUUCCUCUCUCUCUCUCCCUCUCUCUCCCUCUCUCUCUCUCUCUCUCUCUCUCUCUCUCUCGGCAACUGCAAACUACAAAAUCUACAAGAAUCAGAAGUUAAAACCCCAUGUAUUUCAGUUUAAGAAUCAAAAGUUCAAAACCUAUUACCUAUAUCAAAACCCAUAACGGCAUAUCAUUUCAGAUUGUUCAGAAAAUCAAAACCCAUAUCUUUCAGUUUCCAUUGCCUGCUGUUCCAGUUCGGGUUCGCCGUUCGCUGUUCGCAAGCUUCAGCCGCAGUCUCUCAACUCUCAAGCUUGCCUCCCUCUCUCUCUCUCUCUCUGCAACUGCUAACUUGGUUAGCAUCGGGCUUUAACAUUUAGUAAGAACAAGGUUCAAGAAACAUGUCUCCUCAGUCAUCAGGUCUCUUUUAUGAAAGAAGAGAGUUGAUUGGGAAUGGGUGGAGUUGGCAAAAAGAAGAUAGCUGCUGCCAUAAUGUUGAAGCUCCGACGCCUGUACCGGAAGUCGGUGAGGAUAAUGUUGAACCACUGAUGCCUGUACUGGAAGGCAACAAGGAUAAUGUUGAAGCCCAUUCAGGUCGGUCAUCUCGAUUGAUCCUGCAUAGGGCAGUAGCAACGGAAAUGGUGCGGCAACGGGAGAUGGCCCUCCCCACGCAAAAAGGGUGGCCUUGGCAGCAGAAAAUGAAAUUUGAAAAUUUGAAAAAAAAAAUUAAUAUUUUUAUUGCUUAUCUGGUAUAAACUUUAUAUAAUUUGAUUUUAUUAGGCCGGUCAUCUCGAUUGAUCUGCACAGGGGCAGUAGGAACCAAACCAAAAUAGUGCAGAACGGGAGGAGACAACGGGAGGAGACGGCCCUCCCCAGGCAAAAGGGGCGGCAUUGGCAGCAGAAUAUGAAAUUUGAAAAUUUGAAAAAAAAAAAAUUAUAUUUUUAUUAGUCAUUAGAAUAUUUAACAUUUUAAUAAUAAGAAGAAUCAAAAAAAUUAGUGAACUUUGCUCAGAAUCAUACCAUGGGCCUUAGUAGAUGGGCUUAGGGUUGAUAUUUUAUUUUAAAAGACAUGAGAUUGUUGUACAAGUAUGGAUUGGUUGGAUUGGUUUGGGGUGGGUUUUUAGUUAUGACUGAUGAAAAUAAAUGGCAUUUGACAAA